AUGGACUCGGCACGGCCGCUUCACGCCGUUCCAGGCGUCCUCCAAGAUGUUCCGUCAAUAACAGGUACCGUACACGUCGCUGAGGACAAGGAGAAGGCCGGAGCGCUUGCAGCCCCGCGCCGAGGCGUCUCAUACAUAAAGAAGCCUCCACUUAGCCUCAAGAACCUUCUCGAGGAGGACGUUAGAAGCAUUUCUUUACGUGAAGAAAUUCGAAAUCAAGUGUGGGGUGAUGUCGAGUUGUCGGUUUACGACGACGCCAAGGAGCACCCGUACCGAAACGCCCAGACCAUAUUUCCCCGCGUGCGUUUCGGCUUCGGCAGCAGACGGCGGAUCCGGGAUCGCAACGUGCUCUGA